GGAGGGGUGGGGGAGAUAGCGGCGGCAGUAGCCCGGGCCCUCAGCGAGCCGGCAGGGAGGGAGGGUGUUGGGGGUACGGCCCCCCACCAUUCCUACCGAUAUGGGCCCAGCUUCCCACUCCCACCACCCCUCCAUCGGUCGGGGCUAGGACAUCCCCAAAUCCUGUCGCCCCCUUGGCACCGACACCGAGACAGAGACACAGCCGCCGCCACCGCUGCCGCAGCCUGGCUGGGGAGGGGGCCCGUCCCCCAGGCCCCCCGCCCCAUUGAGGUGACCAGAAUGGAGCUGUGGCCCGGGGCCUGGACGGCACUGCUGCUGCUGCUGCUCCUCCUGCUGUCCACCCUGUGGUUCUGCAGCCCCAGUGCCAAGUAUUUCUUCAAGAUGGGCUUCUACAACGGCUGGAUCCUCUUGCUGGCUAUCCUCGCAAUCCCUGUGUGUGCUGUCCGAGGACGCAAUGUCGAGAACAUGAAGAUCUUGCGUCUGCUGCUGCUUCACAUCAAAUACCUGUAUGGGAUCCGAGUGGAGGUGCGGGGGGCUCAACACUUCCCUCCCACGCAGCCCUACGUUGUGGUCUCCAACCACCAGAGCUCCCUCGACCUGCUUGGGAUGAUGGAGGUGCUGCCAGAUCGCUGUGUGCCCAUUGCCAAGCGUGAGCUACUAUGGGCUGGCUCUGCCGGACUGGCCUGCUGGCUGGCAGGAGUCAUCUUCAUUGACCGGAAACGCACGGGAGAUGCCAUCAGUGUCAUGUCUGAGGUGGCCCAGACCCUGCUCACCCAGGAUGUGAGAGUCUGGGUUUUUCCUGAAGGAACAAGAAACCACAAUGGCUCCAUGCUGCCCUUCAAACGUGGCGCCUUCCACCUUGCAGUCCAGGCCCAGGUCCCCAUCAUCCCCAUAGUCAUGUCCUCCUACCAAGACUUCUACUGCAAAAAGGAACGCCGCUUCACCUCGGGACGAUGUCGGGUGCGGGUGCUGCCCCCAGUGCCCACAGAAGGGCUGACACCAGAUGAUGUCCCCGCUCUGGCAGACAGAGUCCGGCACUCCAUGCUCACUAUCUUCCGGGAGAUCUCCACUGAUGGCCUGGGUGGCGGUGACUGUCUGAAAAAGCCUGGGGGUGCGGGCGAGGCCCGGCUCUGAGCUUCCUCCUACCCUUCCCACCUUUCUCCCACACCUCCGCCCCAGAGCCUGAAGCAGGGCCAGGCCCUCUUCCUGGGUCCCCACUCCCUACUCUCCUUUUGGAAUCUUCAAGUUCUGAAGUGAUUAUGGAUAGAGCAUCACUCCAUGUCCUUCCCCGCCCCACCCAUGGACUUUGCUGCGUGGGUACAGUCUCCACUCCGAUCCCCACCUGCCAUCUUGUCUUGUGGGACAGUUGCCUCCCCUCAUCUCAAGUGGCUCAUCGGAUACAAGGGUGGGGGACAUUCCAUCCCAUCCCUUCCCCAGUGGUCUCUUUGUGGCCUUUUCUCCCUCCCCACCCCACACUGGACAAUGGACUCAUCUGUUCUGUGGAACAAUCCACCCCUCACCCCAAGUCCACAGAUUGAGUGGGACCACUUGCUAGUGAGGACUCCUCAUCCUGUGGCUGGGAGCUGAACCUGAACACGCCUCACCGGCUCACCUGGGGAACCUCCUCAACACUGGCACCCUCCGUGGGGCUGGGCUCUUCUAACUCAGAGGUCUCAUCCCUGCCCAUGCCAGGGGCUGAGCACACUCCAGAUGCCAAUUUCUACUUCCCCCGUCCCCUCGGUAGAGGUCUUCAGGGUCCUGGCCUGGCACCAUCUAACCAAACUCUGGCGAGGCGGACCCUAGAAGCUGCUCUCUGCUCCCUGGGGCCUUAGGGGAAAGAACCUGAGCCUGGUGAGGGAGAGGAGGGCGCUUAAUUUAUUUCUCUUUCUUUUGAGGUACCUCCCUCUCUGAGCCAGUUUUCAUUCCCCCCAGUGGCAUUGGCCACUCCCCCUGCCUCCCACUCCAGACCCAUUCCUAAGACCCAGGAGGUAGGCUGGGGGCAGAAGGAACGGGUGGGAUCCAGUUUUGUGUGGUUGGUUUUUAUUAUCUGGGUAACAGCAAGCAACUGAGAAUAAAAAGAAAGAGAGA